AUGCAGCAGGAAGACCUACUUCACCGCCCGCCUCCAGGCUUCCGGGUCAGAGAUGCCAUACUGGACGAUGUUCCCGACCUGACACGGCUGUGGUACGCCUCCUUCAACUCCUCACACGCGUUCUGGGCAGUCAUGACGCCGGACGACCCUGCCACCCGCCAAUGGUGGAACGAGGCAUGGACCAUGGGCAUACAAGCAGGCCCUGCCGUCCUGAGAACUUUCGUUGUGGAGGACCUCGCUCAGGAUGGGUUAAUCGUGGCAUUCGCCAGGUGGAACGUCCCGCAGGAAGGUGGGAAGCAGGAUAUCCCGCUGCCUGAAUUCCCUCGAGAAUGGGAUUUGGAGUUGACGGAGGCGCUGUGGGGGGGCAUGCCGAGGAAUAGGGCGGCGGUGAUGGGACAGAGGCCUCAUUGGAUGCUUGAAUUUCUGGGCGUCGACCCAGCGUAUCAACAGAAAGGCCUCGGCUUUACUCUCGUGGAUUGGGGCUGUCGUCAAGCAGAUGCUACAGGACUCGAGGUCUACCUCGACGCGACCAUCAAGGGCCUCCCCUUUUACAAGAAGCACUUUGGGUUUCAGGAGCGAAAGGCAUUGGUGAUGCCUGCACGAGUUGAUUCUUUUGGAACGUACGAGUUGAUGGCUGGUGUGAGACCUAAGACGUUGACUAUGCGGGCAGAUGUUGAAGAGAAGCAUGUCCCCACUAGCAGAGUGGUAGAGCUUGUAGCUGUACAAGGGGCAUAA